AUGUCUGAAGUUGAUGCUGUAGAAGAUGGAAAUACUAUGAAAAAUCGCAAGGAAGGUCCAAUCCCCAGAAAUGUUGAUGAUUUGCAUUCGUUCAAGGAUAUGCUUCGAGGUGCUACUUAUAGCACAUCACGUGUCAAUACUGAAACUGAGGUAAUUGACAUUGAUAUGGAUGACGUUUCUGAUGAUGAGAAGAUACCAGAGGAAAUCCUUAAGGAUGAGCGCUGCCCUGUGAUUCAGUUGACAAAGGAGGAGAAGGCGAGACUCAGGCAGCCAUGGAUGAAUUCCCUAAUCAUCAAACUCUUUAGUGGCAGAAUAGGAUACAUGGGAUUGAUGAGAAGGCUAAAAAAGAAAUGGAAUAUUAAGGGGGGAUUAGCCCUCACUGACAUAGGAUGCAAUUAUUAUAUUGCUAGAUUCUCUAAUCAGGCAUAUUAUAAUUACGUGCUCACGCAAGGUCCAUGGAUGCUUGAUGAUAAUUAUCUCAUCAUUCGGAAGUGGGUGCCUAACUUCGUGCCUGAUGAAUCUCCUAUCAAAGUACUCACAACCUGGGUUCGCAUUCCCAAUCUUCCAGUGGAGUACUUUGACAUCAACUUUCUCAACAAAGUUGGAUCUAAGAUUGGCAAGGUCUUGCGUAUUGAUAAAACCACUACACAAGCCGAACGAGGACAAUUCACUAGACUCAGUGUAGAGAUUGAUUUGUCUAAACCCCUAUUGUCAAAAUUCUGGUUGAAUGGUAGAAUAUGGAGGAUUCAAUACGAAGGCAUUAAAAUGGUCUGCUUUAAAUGUGGGAAAUUGGGCCAUGUUGCUGAUGAAUGUGAAGCAUAA